GUAUACUGUUUCGGCCAUGCCUGUUUUCAUUCAUAUACCUGCUAUACAUGUUCCUGAUACCAUUUCUUCCAGUGCCAUCAUCGACCACUUUAACAGGCUCGACGGGAAUAUUUCUCAAAGUCACACUGGGCAUCACAGGCUUGUUAACGCUAGUACAAACGGCAUUUCAAAUUGCCUUAGUUGUAGCAAAACCAUACGCCCAAUUUUUAGAUGACAGUCCGACGAUAGAAGACAUUCUAUUUUAUAUAGGAUUAGUUAAGUUAAAUAACCUUACUGUAUCUUAUAUUAUAGUAUGGAUUGGACCAGAUUUUCUAAUGAUGAUCACUCUGUUGGCUGUUUUCUUUGCUUUGAGAAAAAUAAAUCCUGUAGAAGCAGUAGUUGUACAAAGUGAAACCGGAACAGUUGAUAUCACCGUAAAAACUCAACCAAAGACAGACUAUACACAAUACUUCGUGGCAGUAGGUCGCUAUGUAACAUUGAUAAUGUUAUGCUUAGCAGGAAUUUUAAGACCAUCAGUAGAAGGAGGAAUAUAUUAUUUGCUAUUUUUAGCAAUGGCGACAUGGUGGGCGUGCUAUAAACAAUUGAAACGAGGAUUUGCUAUUGUUCUGCGAUGUCUUAUACCUUUCGUUAUUCUCCACCUGUGUGCUUUAUACAUAAUUAAUUUUAAGUUUAUUCAAACUUACCUUCCAGAAGAUGGUCCCUAUGCGAGAUAUUUCGACUUGGCACCUUUUGUUACAACAACAAAAACAUUAGGAACACUACAUAGUAAUAGUACCGAGACUUUUAAUGUAACCCUGCCAAUUAUUAGUCAUAAUAGCACAUCUACCAUUAAUAAGAAUACACCAUUGACCGUGGACUCCGACGAUAGAAGUUUAUUGUACUUUUUUGAAAGAGAAAUUACUUUUUAUAUCUAUCCCGUAAUUUUAUAUUUAUUAUUUUUCUUAUUAGUACUUGAGAGUAGCGAACUCUUAAAACCGGAGCAAAUAAGGAAGAGUGGAGUGCCUUUUCCUAGUGCGGAUAGUAGAUUAUCUAGAAAAGUUUCUUCAAGAUUGUCUAAACAAAAACUUUUAACACCCACUGCGGCUCAGAAAUGGCAAAAAGCUUCUCGUAAAGUUCGAAUGGCUUUAAAGAAAGAACUUGCUGAAGCCACAGAAUCGACGCCAUUAUUACGAGGCCCUACUAGGCGAUCGAAACGCAGUUCUGGAAGGGUUUUCCAAGACUCUACUGGAAGUGUAACCGUGACUGGUGAAAACGAGGAUAUACCUAUGGAUGUUUUUGAAGAAGAAGAGGAAGAAUAUGAUUUUACUCUGUUUCACAACAUUAUUUUUGCUCUGGAUGCUAUUAUGCAAUAUGUAGUUCGAUCAUCGUAUAUAGCAACAAAUAUAAUUAUGAUGGCAUGGAGUAUAACAUACUUAAGUUGGAUAACGUUUGUGCUUCUCCUUUGGGCCAACUUAAUCUGGCUUAUACCUAAUCAAAGGAAACGCAUGCUUAUGUCCAGUCCAUUUCUGGUCCUCUAUGCUCUCUUCUUAUUAUUAUCGACCUAUAUAUAUUGUCUAAGACUUACCGAUGAUGAGUUACCGUCCUCAGUAGACUUGGACGAAAUAGGAUUUCAAAAACCAGAAGGGCCUGCGUUUAUACCUUUGUUGGUUAAGAGUCUUUAUACUGUGAUGUUUUGGAUUACUUUAAGGCAGUAUAUGCAUGAAAAAAUGGAACAGAAGCAGACUAGCGCCUUGGCAGAUAUGGUAGCUCCUUUACAAGUUACAGUUGGAACUGCUACAGGCGUUAAAAAAGAACAAGAAACCGGAGGAAGCAAGUUCAUGACCAAAUUGGGACAGUUUAUCAAUCAUUUUCUUAUUAAAUUUUGGAUAUGGGUUGUAGCAAUAACUUUAUUCGCAGUGGCUAUAACCGGUUCUAGAAUGACCGUUUUCAGAAUUUUGUACAUGACUCUGUUCUUAUUUUUUAUACUCUCGUUCCAAUUUUCAUUCAGAGCUUGGAGAAAAGUAAUGUUCGGUUUUUGGUUGACGGUAAUUAUAUAUUCCAUGAUCAUAUUAAUAUUAAUAUACACUUACCAGUUCAAGCGGUUUCCUUCUUAUUGGGCAUCAUAUCUCCACAUACAAGAAGAGCAGCAACACGAUAUAGGAUUAGAACAAUAUAAGACGAAGCAAUUAUUCGUAAGGCUGGUGACACCCACAUUCUUCGUAAUUGUAACCGUUAUACAGUUACAUUACUUCCACAACGAUUUCAUGAAACUUACAGACCCCAAACGCACUCCACCUCCUAAACCAGAUAAACCCGAAUCAGAUGUGGUACGAAAUGAAAGCUUAGAAGAAAGUUCUAUGCAGGGCGGAGCUUAUAUGGACAGAAGCAGGGAAUCGACUUCUAAAUACUAUUCCGAGCAAGAUCUUACGAUUGUGCCAUCUGUGAUAAUGGCAAAAUGGUAUGAAAAACUGUUGAAGGCAUUUUUGUAUACAAAGCAUGUGUUCUUCCUAUUUUUGGAAAUACAUAUGUUGAAGAUAGUACUAUUCUUUGCUAUGUUGAUGUGUAUAUACGACAAAGCAGCUCUGUACUUUAUCAUAGUUAUACUUAUAACGUUCUCGUUCACCUUUGGCCGAAGUAUGCAGAUGUUUACAACAUAUUUUACAUCUGUUUUCGUUUCUGCACUUAUAUUGGGACGCAUGAUUUACCAAAUAUCAUAUAUUAAUGACAAAUCAUGGGAUGUCAAUUGUACGGUUCACAAUAAUAAGGAUAUAAACCAAACCAUUGUCAACAACGGACCUUGGCUUGGUUUUAGCAAACUUUCAGAAAUAGAUCAAAACCUACCAGAAAUCGUUCGUUGGAAUAUUAUAUUUAUAGUGAUAAUGACACUGUGGAAAGUUGUUGACGUGCGGCAGUUUAAUUAUCGAUUGUCACGAGGUCGUUCCACAGAGAGAAGAUUUUUCAUGUUUCCUAGAAUAACCAGAGAUGAUGCUGAUAAAGAUUUAAGACAUUUUGCAAAGUAUAUGGCAAAUUAUGGAUUUUAUAAAUUUGGAGUAGAGAUCAGUUUUAUAUUGAUGGUAGUGUUGAUCGGUGUCAGAAUGGAUUUAUAUUCCUUGCUUCACAGCAUCUGGCUUUUAAUAUUAUUCGCUCUGCCUAGAAGGAUAUUAUCACAAGUAUGGCUUAUUUAUUUGGUGUUUAUAGCUAUCUCGAUACCAUUCCAAUAUUUCCAUGCCGUUGGAUUACCACCAAGUUUAUGUAUAGAGUAUCCGUGGAACGUACCAGAUCUGAUUCUAAGAAGUUUACAAGAAUGGGCAUUCCUUUUGGACAAUUAUACACCCCCACCGGUUCGAAAGUUAGUUUUCGAUUUUAUGUUACUAAUGGCCGUAUCUCGACAGUGGGUUGUAUUCAGAAUAGAAAAACGGUACGCUGGUAAGGAUUAUGCAGGAGGAUCAAAUGAAAGCAUCAUUCACCAUGCCGAAGAAAAAGAUUUUGUAAAUCCCGUACCAGACUACAUAACUUUUGUACGAUCCUACUUGGACAUCUGUAAAAAAGCAGUUCUUCAAAGUUUCUUAUGGAUAACACUAGCUGUAGUAUUUUGGGCUGGAACUUCCCGUACCAAUAUAUUUUCAUUAGGAUAUCUAUUGUGUGCGUUCAUAUUUUUGUGGCAUGGAUCAGACUUCUAUUUACGACCAAUUCCGAAAAUCCUUCGAUAUUGGCAAGCUCUUUUAGGGUUCAAUGUCGCAGUGAUUUUCUUUAAAUGUGCCUUCCAAAUAUUAGGAUGUAUAUACCCAACCUAUAUUCCAAAAAAUGUUUGUUGGUUAAUUCAGAUAUUUGGAAUCACUUGCGUCCGAAACUAUUUGAGUGCAACACAGAGGUCCAUAAUCGAAAUUUUAGACAACUCGACUGAUUGUACCAUUCCCUCUGAAGGGAUUACAUGGGAUGUCAUUUGCUUCAUUAUGUUGAUUCUACAGAAAAGACUUUUCAACAGUUACAACUUUUUCCAUAUAGUAGAUGAUACUAAAGCAACGGCGAUUUUAGCUUCUAGAGGUGCUGAGCUUAUGGAAGAAAUGAGGCAAAAAACGAUGAAAGAACAAGAAGAAAUAGAAAAAAGAGUUCUUGAGAAAAUUAAGGAGAAAAUGGAACGGAUUAAGGCGAAUCAACAAAAAAUUCAAGAUUCAAUCUCUGCCGGUAGAUCACAUUAUACUAUCAAAACUCCAGUGACGUAUAAACAGGCUAUAAGGUCGGGUGAUUAUUACAUGUUUGAUGAAAUAGAAGAUGAUGAUAUAGAUCUACUACCCGAAGAACAGGAAUCUCUUGAUGAAUUUGACGUUGGAUUAACGCCAUAUCUGGGAGAGAUAGCGGAACACGAACCUAAAAGUGUGAGAAUACAAGAUGAACCUCAACCUAGUACAAGUCAAGAACGGGAUGAAGAUUUUAGUUCUUUGACAGAACCCAAAGCAACAAUUGGACAGAAAAUCUUUGAAAUUUUAUAUUUGAUAUGGGCAUUUAUCGAUGGCUUUUUGAUUAGCUUGACUCGCUUUUUGAACAAGUAUUCUAGAAAUUACAGAGUUAUUUUAAAAGUUUUGGCUAAGGAGAAAAAAAUCCUCAAGGAACAAACUAACUACAACAUUGGUGUUCGUAUGGGUACCGAUCAAAUUUGGCAACCUGCAGGUUCUUACAAUAGCCUUUUAAGAAACUCAAGAAAAUCAGAUCAAGCAGCCCAAUUAAGUCCAUAUAUAGAUUAUGGAGACGAAAUGUCGUCAGUAGAUCAACCGACCAUCUUCAGAUUCGUUUUAGCCUGCUGGUAUCUUAUAAUGAGCAGAUCAGAAAUUGUUUGCUACUUUGUUAUCUUCUUUAACCAACUUCGGAACUCGAAUUUGAUAUCUCUGCCUCUACCUCUCAUGGUAUUCUUUUGGGGAUCUUUAACCAUACCAAGACCAUCGAAAACGUUCUGGGUUACGAUAAUAGCGUACACUGAAGUCGUCGUAUUGUUAAAAUUGGUCUUCCAAUUUGAUAUCAUGCCUGGGAAUAGAAUGAGGGAGCAUACAGAAUUCUUAACGUCAGUUAGUGAGAGCAAUCCAUUUUAUCCGCCAGUUUUGAUUGGUCUACAUAAGACUAAAGAUAUGCAGGCUGUAUGGGAUCUCUUGUUGCUGCUAGUAGUAUUUUUCCACAGAGUUCUUUUGAAGUCUAUGGGCAUAUGGAGUUCAACGGCACCAGUAACAGCAGCCCUUAUACCCGAUGGCGAUUAUAAAGUUGAUGACGAACAGUUAAUACCUUUAGAUGAUAAUAUAGAAGAAGACGACGAAAUAAAAUCUGAUGAAAGUCAACCAUCCACUUCUACUCCAAAGUCCAAGUCUGCCAGAAGACAUUCAGUGGAACAAGAAGAUGUUGUAGUAAUAAAAAGUGCGAGAUUAAGAAAAAUACAUAAUGCCGUCAUGGCAAUUCGUAUGGGGCUGGGUAAAUAUGCCGAGGAGUUAAAACUAUUUAUACAACAACUGCUAGAUCCUACUUCAAGAGUUACAGCUGAUGUAUACUCUUUCAUGUUUCUGUGUGAUUUUAUAAACUUCUUUGUGAUUUUAUUUGGAUUUAACGCCUUUGGAACACAGCAAGAUGGAAGUGUUUCUGACUAUUUAAAAGACAAUAAAGUUCCACCUCUAUUUCUUUUUAUGCUAAUAUUCCAGUUUAUGUUGAUCAUUAUAGAUAGAGGAAUAUAUCUAAGAAAAAAUAUUCUAGGAAAAAUAAUCUUCCAAUUUCUCCAAAUUAUUAUACUCCAUGUAUGGUUAUUUAUUUUGUUCCCAAUUAUAACUAAGAGUGCUUGUAACACCUUAUUACCUCCACAAAUCUACUAUAUAGCCAAAUGUAGCUACCUCCUACUAUCCGCAUACCAAAUAAGAUGUGGAUAUCCAACAAGAAUCCUAGGAAAUUUCCUAUGUAAAGGAUACGGUUAUAUAAAUAUGUUCCUAUUCAAAGGUUUUAUGUUAGUACCAUUUUUGUUUGAAUUACGAACUUGCAUGGACUGGAUGUGGACGGAAACUUCCAUGGCAAUUUUCGAUUGGAUUAAACUAGAGGAUAUUUUCCAACACAUAUUUUUAUUAAAGUGUUCCAGAAACGUUGAAGAUGAAUUCCCUCAACCUAGAGCCCAGGAAAAGAGUCGAGUAGUAAAAUAUUUUAUGGGUGGAGCUUUAUUAGCAGUAAUUAUAGGCAUAAUUUGGUUCCCACUAGUGUUCUUCUCCUUGGGUGACGCUGUUGGAGAUCCCAACAUACCGUCAGAUGUUGCUUUAGAAGUUCGUAUUGGACCAUACGAACCAAUUUACAAGAUGACGGUGCAAGCUAAUUCUAUUUUCCAAUUUAACGAAAACCAGUUAGUAGAAUUAAAAAAAAUUUACAACGCUUAUCAAGUAUCCGAAAACUUUAUAUUUAAAUAUGAGGCUGUUGAUAUUGCUGCUAUUAAAUUGAAUACGGAUUCUGCUAACAUCUGGAGUAUAUCACCGCCUGAUAGACAGAGGAUGCUUGCUGAAAUAAAUUCCACAAAACCUCUAAAGGUUAGACUUGAGUAUAAAAUAACGCAUAAGACAAGCAAAGCGGAAGACUCUGGCAUAAUUACACAUGCAAGAGAAAUUCAAAUGGAAGCCAGUACGCCUACUAAGAUUAAUGAAGACAGAGAAAAUCUUCUGAAAAUGUUAAAAAAUGAAACAGCAGAACCAGUGCUGUUUCCGUAUUUACUGCCAAAAUUUAUCAAAGUAACGGAUAGGGGCACAGCCGAUCCUAUUAGCGUAUUAAUGUUGGAUAAACCAGAUCACAGAGCCACGGAAUAUCGAAAUUUAUCCAUCAGACUACUUAGAGAGAUGGAGGGAAAUUUGGAGCAAUCAUGGUGGAAAGUGAACGAAAUGUGCGAUGACUACAAUUACGAAACUUUUUUGGAUAAAAUUCCGCUAAAUGAUUGCAAGCAGUCUGUUAUUUUAUAUUCCUUUAACGACAAAGUCUUUCCGCCAACAUUAAACAUUCUUACUCAGGGAGGCAUCAUCGGCCUUUAUACAACAAUCGUUCUCGUUGCAUCGCGUAUACUUCGUGGCUUCUUCGCCGACGGCAUGGCUAAAAUCAUGUUCGAUGAUCUACCCAUGUCGACCGUGUCCUCAGGCUUUGUCUGGACGUUUACCUCGUGAGAGAGGCGCAUGAAUUUGCUUUAGAGGAAGACCUCUUCGCCAAACUUGUGUUCCUCUUUAGGUCGCCGGAGACGCUCAUUAAGUGGACGAGACCUAAAGAGGAAGUAGCGGACGAUGACGAUCCUGAAGGCGAUGGGGAUUAGAGUUCUACUGUAAAAGGGAAGGAUUGGUUAUACACGUAUUGAUCUCUAAACGAGAUAACUUUUAUUGUAUAUUGAUUGUAGGGUUUUUCGGAGAGAUAUUUUUAAAAUGCUAAAGAUAUGUGCCGUGAAUAGUUUUAAGUAUCAUUAAUAUAAAGAGAAUAUAUUAUGUUUACACAUAAUCGAUAAUGGGAUAUUAAUUGAUUUAAACUUGAUCGUGGAAUUUUUUCUAUUCUUUUUAUAUUUAGACUAUAAUCGGGUCUGAAAAACAUGUUCAUAAUAAAUAAAUUUGAUACUUUUAAUCAAAAGUAAACCAAAAUGUAAAAUUUGUUGAUUAUAUAGCUGAGUUUUGUUGAUGACAUUCGAACAGGCUUUUGAAAAGCUAAUAUAAUAUUGCUUUUUAAGGCGGCUUUCUAAUGGGUUUAUUACUCCAUCCCUUUUACAGUUGAAAGUUAUAGUAUACGUUCCAAACCUAUUCCAUAACUAAAUAACGAUCAUAAUAAGUGACUGGAUAAAUUGAGCAUUUAAAACAUAUAUGUAUAAAAAAUCGAUGGCAGAUUGAAUGACAAAAAGCUGAUCAAUAAUGUAUAUUCAUUGUGGAACGGUAUCUUCCUCAAAGAUGCUAUGAUCUCAUGAAUUGAUUUCUACUACCGGUUUAUUAUUAUCUGUCCAGCAUGUGCACGGAAACAUAAUACUUUGAUAAUACAUUUUGGAACGUAGCUAUUAAUUUGGUGGGGUUUUAUUUGGGUUUUUGAUGACGAUUUUUAAAGUAUAUUCGAAAUCAGGGAUAAACAUAUCGAUUUACUUAAUACGUGUAAUUUUUAUUUAACGUCAUUAAAAUUGUAUUUCACUUACGAAUAGAUACAAAACUAUAGCUGUUUAAAUCUUUAUUGGUAAAGUUAAAUUUUAAAAUACCUAUUUUACAUAUUUUAUCCUUAUAAAGCUCAUAUUCAUUCCAAGAGAUUUGGAAUGUUUUUUUAAUAUUUCAACUUUUU